UAAUAAUUUAGAAACAAGUCAAACAAUAUCUCAUCAUAUUUUUUGAAUUCUUCAAUGGCCUCACCAAAGUUGAUUUCAGUUAUGUUAAUGUUUGUGACAACCAUGAUUUGCAUUAAUGUGAUGAUUGUAGGAGCAGCAAAAACAUGGUGUGUGGCUAAGGAGGGAGCUGAUACCCAGGCCUUAAUUAGUGCUAUAAAUUAUGCAUGUGGAGCUGGAGCUGAUUGUGGGCCUAUUCAGCCCGGUGGACUUUGUUAUAAUCCAAACACCAUCCAAAGUCAUGCUUCUUAUGCUUUUGAUAGUUACUAUCAAAUGAAGAAGCAAGCUGAUGGCUCUUGCGAUUUUGGUGGCAGUGCAACCAUUGUUAACACUGAACCAAGUUAUGGAAAGUGCGUAUAUCCAUCUUUCUGAAGUAUUGUUGGAAGAGCAUGAAUAAAAAGCUCAAUUGAUUAUUCGACAUCAUACAACACACGGACCGGACAACAAUAAAGCAAUGUUAUGAGUCAUAUGACUCUUCAUUUUUUUUUUUUCUUUUUAUCAAUGUAAUUAAGGAGUACCAACAUACUCCAACCCUUAUACAAGAUAUGUGGUGUUAAUUCUAAAUAUUUUAAAUAAAUCUUGAUAUUAAUUUGA